CCUAACUCGACAGUCUGACCGCAGUUUCGCUUCCUUCCGCGCUGCCUUCUUCCAAUCUCUCUGCAUCCUUCGACUGACCGAGAGAGAGAUCCAAGAUGGUUGAGAAGACGAGGAUCAGGAAAGAGGAGGUGGUGACUCGUGAGUUCACCAUCAAUUUGCACAAGCGCUUGCACGGCUGCACCUUCAAGAAGAAAGCUCCCAAGGCCAUCAAGGAGAUCAGGAAGUUUGCCGAGAAAGCCAUGGGAACUAAAGACGUGAGGGUGGACGUGAAGCUGAACAAGCAAAUCUGGAGCAAGGGAAUUAGGAGCGUUCCAAGAAGAAUCAGGGUUCGCAUUGCUCGGAAGAGGAAUGAUGAUGAAGAUGCCAAGGAGGAGCUCUAUUCCCUUGUCACUGUUGCAGAGAUCCCAGCAGAAGGACUCAAGGGGCUGGGAACAAAGGUUAUAGAGGAGGAUGAGUAAUCCGUGUCACUCCGUAUCUCUAUCAGGCUGUUGUGCUAGUUUUUUUAAAAAGUUUUGUCCAUGUUUACGGAUUUGGAGAACAAGCCUAGGCUUUUGUUGGUACAAGUUGGAUAUUGUCAGACCAUAUUUACCAUUUGAAAGCAGUGAACCUAAUCAAAUUUUCUAUUGCGUUUUUAUUACCUAAUGGCCAUUGCGUUCGUACGAAGUCUGCCGCAAAUGUCCAUUAAGUUAAUGAUUUAGUUGAAAUCCUGGGUUUACUGGAAAUGUUAUCAUCGUGUUAAUGGCAUAGUUAGCGUUGAUUUUUUUUUUUCCACUGCACUCUGA